CGCCGCCCAGGCUAGCGCGGAGCCUCCGCUCCAUCGCCCCGCCGCCAUGGACCUAUUCGGGGACUUGCCGGAGCCCGAGCGCGCGCCGCGGCCGUCUGCCGGGAAAGAAGCACAGGAAGGACCCGUGCUCUUCGAGGACCUGCCCCCGACCAGCAGUACUGACUCAGGAUCUGGGGGACCUUUACUCUUUGAUGGUCUUCCACCUGCUGGCAGCGGCAAUUCAGGUUCUCUUGCCACAUCAGGCUCCCAGGUGGUGAAGAACGAAGGAAAAGGAGCAAAGAGGAAAGCCCCUGAGGAAGAGAAGAAUGGCGGUGAAGAGCUUGUGGAAAAGAAAGUUUGUAAAGCCUCUUCGGUGAUCUUUGGUUUGAAAGGCUACGUGGCAGAGCGGAAGGGUGAGAGGGAGGAGAUGCAGGACGCCCAUGUCAUCCUGAAUGAUAUCACUCAGGAGUGUAAUCCUCCAUCAUCUCUCAUUACUCGGGUUUCAUACUUUGCUGUUUUUGAUGGACAUGGAGGAAUUCGAGCCUCGAAAUUUGCUGCACAGAAUUUGCACCAGAACUUAAUCAGGAAAUUUCCUAAAGGAGAUGUAAUCAGUGUGGAGAAGACUGUGAAGAGGUGCCUGCUAGAUACUUUUAAGCACACCGAUGAAGAGUUCCUGAAACAGGCUUCAAGCCAGAAGCCUGCCUGGAAAGACGGGUCCACUGCCACGUGUGUCCUGGCUGUGGACAACAUCCUGUAUAUCGCCAACCUUGGAGAUAGUCGGGCAAUCCUGUGUCGAUAUAACGAGGAAAGUCAAAAGCAUGCAGCCUUAAGCCUCAGCAAAGAGCACAAUCCAACUCAGUAUGAAGAGCGCAUGAGGAUACAGAAGGCUGGAGGCAAUGUCAGAGAUGGCCGUGUCUUGGGUGUGCUGGAGGUAUCCCGCUCCAUUGGAGAUGGGCAGUACAAGCGUUGCGGGGUCACAUCCGUGCCUGAUAUCAGACGCUGCCAGUUGACCCCCAAUGACAGGUUCAUUUUGCUGGCUUGUGAUGGGCUCUUCAAGGUCUUUACCCCAGAAGAAGCUGUGAACUUCAUCUUGUCCUGCCUUGAGGAUGAGAAGAUCCAGACCCGAGAAGGGAAGCCUGCUGUUGAUGCCCGCUAUGAAGCUGCAUGCAACAGGCUGGCUAACAAGGCAGUGCAGCGGGGCUCGGCAGAUAACGUGACGGUGAUGGUGGUGAGGAUAGGACACUGAGGCCGCACACUGCACGUGUGCUCUUGACUUGCAGGUUCAUCUUGUUUGUGCACGCUGUGUGUACUCCUGUGGGGCUUCUAUGGUUGUAAAUAAA